AGCAGCAACAUCCCGCCCUGCUCGCUCGUCUGGACGCCCAUCGCGCCCAUCACGUGCUGCCUGCCCUUCGUCGGCCACAUGGGCCUGACGGACUCGCGGGGCUACCUCCACGACUGGCACGGCUGCGCGGUGACGCCGACGCACCCGCGGAACAUGCUCUUCGGCGCGCCCGCGCGGUUCAUCGUCCUCGCGCGGCCCGGCGGCGACGCGGAGUCGCGCGAGCGCUGGGACGGCGCGAUCGCGCGCGCCGACGCGGAGUACGCGCACAAGCUGCACGUCAUGGUCUGCGGCCACGACUGCCACUCGCACGUCGCGAGCGCGCUGAACGCCAUGCGCUACGGCGGCUGCGGCUGCCACAACAAGGUCGCCCUCGCGGCGGCCGUCUUCUUCUUCGGCCGCCACGUGUCUCUGGGCGGGUUCCUGCGCACCUGGCUCCCCUGCCUCCUCGUCGCCGGCGUCCUCCUC